AUGUGCGUAGAGCCGCUUAGACCGCUGAACAGCAAGAGGCAGCGAAUGAGGUCAAAAGCUGCGGUGGUGGUGGCCGUGGCUGUCACCCCCAACGCGCAGGCCUACAAUGCAAUCCCCUUCUGGAUCAUAGGCCAAUCCAUCCGCGGCCUAAAGCGCCAGGCUUACAAGGCUACGUCUUUCCAGUCCACAUUAUACUUUGAUUUGAAAAACCCGAGAGCUGUGGUGAUGGUAGUUGUCACCCCAGUGCGCGAGGCCUACGAGACUGUCACUUCAGGCCAUAGGCUGGGCCAUCCACCCCUCAAAGCACCAGGUGUACGUAGGGAGCUCAGGGCCGCUCAGACCGCUGAACAGCAAGAGGCAGCGAGUGCUGAACUCCGGAAUGGGAGAACCGUGCAGCCAGCUAAGCAACUUGAUGCAAGGGGCAACGUCGUCCACUAUUCCAAGGGGUCUCGAUGGUUCAAGCGCUUGGAAUCUGGCGACACGACCUUCGGAGAUCAACCACGCUCAAGACGUCCAUCUACAGUCGAUGACGAAGCCCUGCAGAACGCCCUCAACGCGAAGCCGAACGCCACCACUCGAGAAUUGGCGACUACACUUGAAGUCACCCAUAUGGCCAUGGGCAACCAUCUGAACGACCUCGGCUAUCGGAAGAUUUACUCGACAUGGGUCUCUCAUCGGCUCAGCGACUCUGACAAAGCAAGCCGUGCUAGGAAGACGAAAUCAGCAAAGCUGUCUUAA